AUGAAGAAGCCGCAAGUCGCCACGACAACACGCCUGACAUCCUCUUGUUUCGGCAUCGACUUGCCUAGUAGGCAUUUGGGUGGGUCUGUGUGGUGUUGUAUGUGCACACGUCUGUCUCACAUUCUCCACCCCAAAGAGCUCUUCCCACCACAAUCCUGCCUGCGGCCAUACACAGCCGACAACCGACAACCGACAGUCGACACACGACACACAACACACAACACACAACACACGACAGACGACAACCUGCCUCCACACCCCCCUGCACCAACUAUGCGAGUGUGCGCCCAGUUGUCUGUGACUCCUCGCCCACGAGCCGGCCGGCCAGCCAGCCCGCCCGCCCAUUUGCCUCGUCCCAAACCGGACCGGCAGGCCGGCAGACGUCAUCGCCUCUUUCUGCCCUUCUUCGGUCGCUGUGGCAACGGAAAAGUAGUUGAGCCGUCUUGUUGUCCAUUCUCCUACAAGCGUCUCGACACGUCGACACGCAUUCACACAGGCCAGACGAUCGACAACUUGGCGCUU